GUAGCCAGGUGUGUCGCCCACCGUUGCUACACGGUUCUCUCCCUUGGCUGGAUGGGAGCAAAGCUUUGGGAAGCCACCAUGGUGCUGCUCCAUGGAACCUGAGUCCUUUCUCCAAAGCUCCCAUCCAUCACAGCUCGCCGGGGCCUCUUUCGGUCUACCCUCCAGCUUCUACCUCCACGCUGUCGGCCGGCCACUCCAGUCCUCACCUCUUCACUUUCCCACCCACCCCUCCUAAAGAUGUCUCCCCAGAUCCUUCCAUCUCCACCCCGGGUUCCACGGGGUCCAGCCGUCAAGAGGAGAAGGAGUGCAUUAAAUAUCAGGUGUCUCUGGCCGAAACGAUGAAGCUGGAAUCGUCUCAUUCCCGGAGCAACAUGGCGUCCUUAGGAGCGUCGUCUUCUGGUCAUCAUCCGAUCACCACUUAUCCUUCCUACGUUCCUGAAUACGGCUCUGGACUUUUCCCUCCAAGCAGUCUCCUUGGGGGAUCACCAACUGGAUUUGGGUGCAAAUCCAGACCCAAGGCUCGUUCCAGCACAGAAGGCAGGGAGUGUGUAAACUGUGGAGCUACCUCAACCCCACUUUGGAGGCGAGAUGGCACAGGGCAUUACCUCUGUAACGCCUGUGGAUUGUACCACAAAAUGAAUGGGCAAAAUCGGCCGCUGAUAAAGCCCAAAAGAAGACUGUCAGCUGCAAGACGGGCUGGGACAUCGUGUGCAAACUGCCAGACGACAACCACCACACUGUGGAGGAGGAACGCCAAUGGGGAUCCUGUGUGUAAUGCCUGCGGGCUGUACUACAAGCUCCACAAUAUUAACAGACCCCUGACCAUGAAGAAGGAAGGCAUCCAGACCCGAAACCGGAAGAUGUCUAGCAAGUCGAAGAAGAGCAAAAAGAUUCACGACAGCCUGGAUGAUUUCCCCAAGACCAGCUCCUUCAAUCCUGCCACCCUUUCCAGACACAUGUCGUCCAUCAGUCAUCUCUCUCCCUUCAGCCAUUCGGGCCACAUGCUGACCACACCGACUCCGAUGCACCCUUCUUCCAGCUUGUCUUUUGGACCUCACCACCCCUCAAGUAUGGUCACCGCCAUGGGCUAAAAGAGUGCAUUCUCAGGCAGAGAGGGGGGAAAAAAAAAAAAAUUAAAAAAAAAGAGACUUUCCUGCUUAAAAGAAAAAGAAAAAAGUGAAAAAAAAAGAAAGAAAGAAAGAAGAAACCAAGUUCCUGUUUUUUGUUUUUUUAUUUUGACUUCUCUGAAUGAGAAAGUUAUCUUUUAUAUAUUUGCCUCAUGAGAGGGAAAAACCUUCCUGGCCCUUUCAAAAAAACAAAAACAAAAACUGUUCGAUGCAGAUGCUAAAACGGACUGGCGGGAAAAUAAAGGAAGAUGGAAAAAUGGUAAAAUUGGCUGAAAUCCUCGGAACGAAAGAAACAAAGCAAAGAUGGAAUAAUUACAGAAAGUUGACUGCGAGCGUCUUUGUGUUUCUAAACCACCGAAAUCUGGAGGCCAUUUGUGAAUAAACCAUCGCCACGCAACUUCACUGUCGAACUGAGUUUUUAGUGCUGUGAAAUAAUAAUAAUAAUAAUAAAUAAUAAUAAUAAAACCCAUACCACCCUCCUUCCUUCCCUCCCUCCUUCCUUCUCUCCCCUUUCCUUUGCUUUUCCCCUCCCGCCGAAAUGAAAGCAAAGAAUUGCUGAACACUGUAUAACUUAUAUUGUAAGAAAUAUUGUACAUUUUGUUUUUUUGGAUGAAGAUUGACAACUGGGUAGCUGUAAAAACAAAAACGGGGGAGGGAGGGGAAAAGAAAAAAAAAGAAAAGAGAUUUUGGAGGUAUGGAUAGUACGAGUGCCAUGAGAAAUAUUUUAUGGCACAGUCUGCAGAGAAUGGACAAACCGGCAAAUGUACAAAUUGCCAGUUAAUGCUUUUUUAGCUGUUUUGCGUGCUCUCGCUCUCUCUCCUCACCUGCUGGCUGAAAAUUAUUUUGAUGCAUUAAAAAAAGAUAAAAUUACAUCCAAGCUGUAAGCAAGUCAUCCGUUCCAGGCGACGGGCCUCUGAUCAACGGAGAA